AUGUCUAAAACUGGAACCAAGAUUAGCUUCUAUGAAGACAAAAAUUUUCCAGGCCGGGGCUAUGAUGAUUUCGACUGUGCAGAUUUCCACUCAUAUCUAAGCCGCUGCAACUCCAUUAGAGUGGAAGGAGGCACCUGGGCUGUGUAUGAAAGGCCCAACUUUGCUAGACACAUGUACAUCUUACCUCAGGGUGAGUACCCUGAGCACCAGCAUUGGAUGGGACUCAAUGACUGCCUGGGUUCCUGCAGGGCUGUUCAUCUGUCUACUGGAGGCCAGUCCGAGAUUCAGAUCUUUGAGAAAUGUGAUUUUAGUGGUCUGUAUGAAACCACAGAAGAUUGCCCUUCCAUCUUGGAGCAAUUUCACAUGUGCGAGAUCCACUCCUGUAAGGUACUGGACGGCAUCUGGAUUUUCUAUGAGCUACCCAGCUACCAUGGCAGACAGUACCUUCUGGACAAGAAGGAGUACCGGAAGCCCAUCAACUGGGGGGCAGCCUCCCCUGCUGUCCAGUCAUUCCGCCGCAUUGUGGAGUGA